AUGAAGCACGAUUCAAGACGAGCGUCUAUGCUCUACUCGGGAUACCAGUUGAAUGGAAAAUACAAAGAUGGCGAAGAGCCUCAAUUCAGCAAAAUGGGCACUUCGAUCGUUUUUCGAAUGGGCAACAAGGGUUCGCUAGCAACGGCGCUCUCUUUCCUGAAAUCAAUCGAUUUGAUUCACAUCGAAUCCAACAAUCUUGGCGAUCUCGGCUACGAAUUCUAUGCUGAAACCUCCACAGCCGAAGAUGAUAAAAGCUUCCAGCAGGCCUUGUCCGAAUUAAAGGCAUCUGGGCUCGUGAAUUCUGUAAAAGUUUUUACCGCCGGCGACACAGACGAUAAUAUUCCCUGGUUCCCAAUGCAUGUUGCUGAACUUGAUCGCUUUGCGAAUCAGAUUUUGUCGUAUGGAUCUGAGCUCGAUUCUGAUCACCCGGGAUUUACUGACCCGGCUUACAGAGCACGACGAAAGGAAUUUGCGGACAUUGCUUUUCACUACAGACACGUUGAAAAAUUACCCCUUGUCGAAUACACUGAUGCUGAGAAAGCCACGUGGGGCGUCAUGUACAAAAAGCUGAAAGAACUCUUCCCCACCCAUGCUUGCAAAGAAUUCAACAAGGUGUUUCCCAUGUUGGAGCAGCACUGUGGAUACUCGGAGAAUAACAUUCCGCAAAUCCGAGACAUCUCUGCCUUUUUACAUCGAACAACUGGAUUUCGACUCCGACCAGUCGCCGGAUUGCUGAGCUCACGUGACUUCCUCGCUGGCUUGGCUUUCCGCGUGUUCCAUUCAACACAAUACAUCCGCCACUCGUCAAAACCGCUCUACACGCCCGAACCAGAUGUUUGCCACGAGCUGAUCGGCCAUGUUCCUCUUUUUGCUGACCCGAAGUUUGCUGCCUUCAGUCAAGAGAUUGGCCUCGCUUCGCUUGGAGCAUCAGAUGAGGACGUGAAGAAAUUAGCGACGAUUUAUUGGUUUACUAUUGAAUUUGGACUUUGCCGGGAAGAUGGAGAAAUCAAAGCAUACGGCGCUGGCAUUUUGAGCUCAUUCGGCGAACUUGAGUACUGCCGAACUGACGAGCCAAAGAUCCUCCCCUUCCAACCAUCAGUAACUUCUGUGACAGAAUACCCAAUCACCACCUACCAGCCAACCUAUUUCGUUACCGAGUCAUUUGAAGAUGCAAAACGCCUUGUUUCUGAAUUCGCCAAAACGAUGAACAAGCCGGUUCAAGUGCAGUACAACGCAUACACCGAGUCCGUUGAAAUUCUUGACAAUAUUGAGCAAUGCAAGAAUAUCGCCGACGGAGUCAAGAAUCAAGUCGAAGCCCUUUCCGCUGCACUCAAACGCAUGAUCGAAUAA